AUGUCCAAUAUCGUGAACCCCCGCAAAAAAAGCUUAGUUGAGGAGCCAAACCAAAAAAUUAUCAUCGGCGUGGCAGGAGGAUCAGCUGCAGAUGAUAUCCGCCUGUGCCGAAGACUCAAGAGGGAUACUGCUGAGCGAGGGCGAAGUGUUAUCAGUGUACUGGAACAGUACAACAAAUUUGUGAAAAAGGCUUUCCGCGAUUUUAUCCUACCAACAGCGGUCUACGCAGACAUCAUCAUCCCUGGAUUCAGAAACAAUCGUGUUUCUGUUGACUUCAUAGUUCAAAACAUCAAGAAUAUGGCCAAACGCAUUACCUUCAAGGAAAGAGCUGUCAAGACAAAAACCUUUAUCUUCGGAGAAAGCGAAAUUUAUGACCUUGAGUGCAAUAACACCUCCAGUGAAUCACAUAUCAUGGUUUCCGUAGAACAAGAGUCCUUCCUCGUUUUUCCCACCUCUAACGAGCACAAAAAAGAACUUGAGUUCUUCCUCACCUCUCUUCUUUCUGAAAUCUUCUCAGUUGAGUACUUCUUCGAAGUCUAUCAAAACCAGUUCAUCAAGGUCCUCAAAGCUCUGUUGCGCCAGCUCAUUUCACUCAAGAACUUCGAUGCAAAGAAGAUGGAGGUCUUCUCUGUAUACGACCUCUACCGGGGUUUGGAGUCGGACCACCAGAAGUACCCUAUUAAGCUAGUGUUCUUCCCUGUGGCUGAGGUGGAAUAUGCUCGUAUUUUCUUGGAGCAGGUGCAUCACUACCUUAAAAGCCAUCCUGGCACGACCAUCAUCAUCCUCAACGCUUUCUGCGAGAUGAGUGUGCCUAACCUCAUUUACAGGCUGAAGCUGAGCAACGUCAUCAUGGUCAACCUCUUUGUCAUCGCCAACGAUAAGCGAUUCAGAGAAAUCAUGACCAACAACAUCGCAGCCAAUACUGAAAGUUUCGAAUGGUUUGUCCAUAACCACGAAAUUGCCAAUGCUGGAGUCGAGAGCAUCGCCAAGGAGUUCAACAUAUCCAGGCUCCAAAAAAACGAAUGA